AUGUUCUAUCGCACGCCGCCGGUCCACACCGCACUUGUGGCGCCGUCGGCCAAGAUUGACGGCUCAGACGCCGUCGCCGCCCUCCUCAUCCACCUCUCCAACAACAUGAUGGUCCGGCUCUCGCUCGCAGGCUCGAUGCAUGCGCUGCAUCUGGCCAAGGUCCGGGUCGACGACUCGUACGCCAAGAAGAUGCGCAACACGGCAGUGGCCUCUGUCGUCCGCCCGCAGUUUAUCGUCAUCGCCUACGCCUCGCAGCACCUCACGGUCCACACCCAUCGCAAGCCCAAGGCCGGCCCAGUCUCGUCGUUCAAGAAGCUCACCGAGCUCAAGCCGGUGACGGUCACGCUCGAGGCGCCGGUCCAGGCUCUCGACGUCAACGCCUCCAACUCGCUCAUCCUCGCCACCUUUCGCCAGGCCCAGACGCUCUCGGUCUUUGGCUUCCAGGCAAGCGGCGGCCUCGGCCUGAUGGCGCGGAUCCAGGCCGACUCGGGCUCAGUCUUCUUUGAUGCUCGCUUCUGCAAGUCCAAGCCCAACAUGAUCUACACCAUCGAGGAGCCGAUCACCGUCAAGAUCUACGAGUUCCAGCACGGCAACCUCAUCCUGCAGAACCAGCGCGCGCUUCUUGUCCACCACUCGAUCACCACCGUGGCGUAUACUCCGUCCGGCGGCCGGGUUGUCUUUGGCUUUGUCAACGGCCGCCUCGUUCAGUUUGACUUUGAGACGCUCUCCGUCAAGCGGGUGACCGUCUCCAACGGCUCGUCGCCGAUGCGCAUCCUCUUCCACCCUGACGACCCUUACAAGCUCCUGCUCGCCAUGUUUGCCGACGGUGCUGUCUACGCCUUUGAUGCCGCCCUUAACCCGCUCUCGUUUGUCUACGAGUCGGGUGACGUUGCCGCUUCCUUUGCUUGCAUGCAGUACUCCAACUUUAACUCGUACCUCGGCCACGUCGAGUGGCUGACAAGCGCCUCGCUGGCCAAGCUAUCGUCGACUGCCGCCGUGUCCCGCACCACGCUUCCGGUCGCCGGCGCCCUGCCGACCUCGCCGCUGCCACCGUCGAUGGCGCCGGGGAGCCCGGCGCCGGCCGGCGCUGGCUUUGACCCGUUCGCCUCGCCCAGCGCGGCGGCGCCCGGCUUCCCGCUAUCACCCUCGCCGGCACCCGCCGACGCGGCUCCGGUCACGCCUGCUGCGCCGGCCGCAACGCCGCCGCUGGUGCCGCCGGCAGACGAGCCUGUCGCCGCAAAGUCGAUCGAGCAUCUGCUCCUGAUUGGCGACCGCGGGCCGAUUGUCGUCGCCCGCAUUGUUGUCCCGGGCAGCGCCGGUGCCGUCCUCGAUGAGCAUCUUGCUGCCAGCGAGCCGAACAAGGCGGUUGCCCUGCUCGCCAUGCUCAACGGUGACGACCACUCGGCUUACAUCGCUGCCCAGCGGGUCUUUGACCAUGUGCUCGGCACGCCACCGCCUCCAGUCGCCGAAGCAUCGUCCAAGGAAGGCAAGGCGCUACACAAGGCGCUCAUUGCACUGUGGAAGCGGUUCGCCAAGCACACCGUGUACGGCCCGCUCAUGCUCGGGCACCUGACUCGCUACUUUGGCUGGCUCCUCGCCGCUGGCCGGCUCUCAUUCGCCUACGCUGUCGCCGACGCGCUCGACUCGCGCCCGCUGCUGCGGCAGCUAGGCGAGUGGGCUGCCGCUGAAGACUCGGCAGGUAACGCCGAGCUUGUUGCCACCUGCCGCGACCGCGCCGCGUCGGCGUCGCAGGUGGUGGCUGCCUCGCGCGAGGCGCUUCUUCCACCGUCCCCGUCACGCCGCCGCGGUGGCACGCCCAUGCCGUCCUCGCCGCCGCGCGUUCGCGCCAUCAACCUCUUCUCCCCCACCGCGCCCAGCCCGGACUUUGGCCGCCACUCGUCGUCCGUCUCGAUCGGCGGCGCGCUUUCAUCCGACAGCGAGCUCGACAUUGCGCCGCCGUCUCCGCCAGGUCACACCGGGCCCGGCCUCGUCAGCGACGACCUGCUCCAGUCGCCGACGUCGCUGGCCGUCCAUCCUCCGCUGGCCGUCUCGGACUCGGACGACGCCGGGCCGAGUCACCCGGUCUCCAACACAGAGUCGGGCGGCCACUCUUCCGACUAUGACUCAGACUCGCUCUCAGACUCGGACUCCGGUGCCUCGUCCGAUCGCCUCGGUCUUGCGCCGCCGCCCGGCGACGACGCCGCCGACCAAGCCUCGUUCGGCCCGGAAGACUACAACAUCUUCUCCUCGGGCACUGGCUUUCUCUCCGCCACCAUGGACGACAACGAGGUGUCGUCCGGCAUUGGUGGUGGCGUCUCGCCCACAGACUGGCCUUCCCUCACACAGACCCAGGCCCGCACCGUCGGCGCCAAGCUAGAGGCCACCGGCGCCAUCCACGACGCCUUUGAGCUCUAUCAGAUGCACGGGCUCUACGAUGACGCUGACCGCGUCUUUGAGCGCAUCGACCGGCUUGCCGAAGCUCAAGCCGGCUCGUAAACCCCCCUCCCCUCC